AUGAAAGUGAACAAACACGCAGAGGUAAAACAUAAAUCUCACAAGUGGAAAGGUGCGAAGGGAAAACGGUGCAGACCUCCCGUCAGUUCCUCUAAUGUAAACUCUAGCCCUGUGGUGAUCAGCAUGGUGAAGGCGCUCCGGCAGUCUGUAAGGAAAAAACGAUCUGUCAAGAGGCUGAAAAAUAAAGUGAAGUCUGUCUCUAACCGCAAGUAUGGCUGGACAACUGAGGAUGUCCGGAGAGGUAGAUUGGAGGGAGAGGCUCUGCAUCACUGUGCGCAGAGAGACGAUCGGCAGAACCGCACAGUACUUGUCAUGCAGAAGGAUCAGACGCUGUGUUUCCGCGGAAAGUGCCUUCUGACCUGUCUUUAUGGACGUGUAGAAGUUAUGGGAUUUACCAUCGAAGAGGGUCAGCAGUCAUAUUCGCUUUUCUCCCCAGCGUCACAUUGUCCACUGAGUAUUAGAGGAUUAGAAAGCAUCAGAGCGUUGGAAAGUAGAAAUGAGGCAUCGCACAUCCUCCAAAGGUAUCUCCCACAAGCAUCACGAAAGAAGCUGUUAAAAAGCAUAACGACAAAUUCAUCCAUCAUCCUGCUGGAACCCAUCGAGACACCUGUGACACGGUUUCUUUCCAGUUUUCCAGAUCUCAGCGAAUUGUUCAACCUCCCCACGACUGAACUCAUGUCAGCUGUUCUUGACACUCCACUCAACGGUUUGGGUAUGAUUCCUCUCGACAGCAACAUUGAAGGGCUGAAAAUGUCGAAGAGCUACAGACAUGCUCUUAACACAGUAGUCAGUGUGUGCAAAGGAGACAUAGAUGGCUGUCCUGUUAUCCUGGUGUGCGGGACCAAGAAUGUUGGAAAGUCAACAUUUAUCCGCGUGCUCAUUAACACCUUGCUGAAUUACACUGCUAGUGUCGAAUAUUUGGAAGGUGACCUCGGUCAGACAGAAUUCACCCCUGCUGGUUGCCUGUCUCUCCUCACUGUCAGAGAACCCCUUUUAGGUCCUCCUUUCACACAUCAGCAGACUCCAGACCACAUGAUCUACUACGGUCAGUCAUCAUUCGACUCAUACCAAUGCGACUCAGACCUGGAUCGAUAUUUGGAAUCUCUUAAGUCCUUAUGGUGCAGAAGAUCCCAGACCAGAGAGGCUCCGAUUAUUAUCAACACCAUGGGCUGGGUCAAAGGAUAUGGAUUCCAGCUGCUGGUUGACAUGAUCCGCUUCUUCCCAGUUUCCCAUGUUGUCCAGCUCAGUCAUAGUGGUUUCAAUGAUUGCCCCGCCCUCACUCCAGACUUUCUGAGGACGGCAAAUGGCUUUCAGACUCAACCACCCGCCCAGACCGCUCUGGAUGAGGUUACAGAAAGCCACAGCCACCCUAGAAUGUACAGUCACAUUAGCAUACAAGCGGAGUUUCAAGGAGUUGGGAGUCAAGGAACAGCGAAACACCAGCGUAGUAAUGAGCAGAGGGAUCUAUCUCUCCUGGCCUAUCUGAGUCAGCUGCAGUAUCCUGACCCUGGACCAGUCAGACCUCUGCACAGCCUCACACCAUACCAGAUUCCACACACAGCGAUUGCGUUAGGUGUUACCCACGGCGACAUGGUGCCCUCGCACAUGUUUCAUGCUUCCAGUGGUAGUCUGGUAGGACUCUGCUGCCUGGCAGAGAAAGUAGCAAGCAAGGGAGGUCCAGUCUUUCUUUCCCAGGCACCCAUCUGCCCAUGUGUGGGAUUUGGGGUCCUCCGAGGUAUUGACAUGGCACGGGGUCUGUACUUCCUGCUGACGCCUGUAGAUCCGUCAGUUCUCCGUGAAGUCAACUGUCUCCUCUUUGGAGCAAUUUCAGUGCCGUCAUGUGUCCUCACAACACAGCCGGGCAUUGACGGGGAGAUGCCCUAUACUACUACAGGUUUGAUCUCACUGGAGCAGGAAAGCUGCGAGUCUUAA